UUAAAAGUGUAAAUAAUCUGCAACAGAAAAAAGUUGUCCUACGAAUUGUGGCUACUGUUUUAACGCUUCCAUGUCCGCGUUAAACUCAAAGCAACAGCCUGCCGUUGCCAUCAGUGAGGAACAAUGCGAUGAUGUCGAACUUAUGCAGACUUCUUCUACGGAGGAAAGCACUUCCAAAAAUAGUUCUUCUGAGGAACGUUCACCACAUUAUUCGCGAGCUACAAAAAGCUUCCAGCCCAAAAGAGUUUCGGAACUGCCACCGUUAGAAUCCGAGUCGGAUUCAGACGGCGAAAACAACCUGAAUUGUGCAAUUUUGAACGACUCCUUUCUGUUAACCCCUUCAAAGGGAAUAGAGGAUUUGGAAAGCACCACAAAAGAUACGUGGAUAACGCCAAUGGACAAAGAAAAUGCUUCUGAAAAACCUGCCCGUAGAAACCUCGAACGUAGGUUAAUAGCUGCGAACAAUCCCGCUCAAUUAGCUAACCCAAAGCGAAUUCCUUUGCUGGAUCGAUCACAGCUAGAUAAACAAUUUGCUAUAUUCUGCCAAACCGAUUCCAAAUCUACGAGAACAGGCGACUCUGGUAUUAGCAGUACGGCAUCGUCCAUGCUUUCCGCUGGUGAACAAAUAACAGAAGCUGAGAUGCAAGACGCCGUGGAACAGAAAAAUCAUUCUCCUUCCUACAAAGAUUGUCCAGAAAUCAACGAAAAAAAUAAGCAGCUUUUUGUAACGCCCCGCGAAAAACCUGUGUUGAAUCCGACAAGAGGCACUAUUUCGCGCAUGUUGACGUCUACUGCUAGUCGCGGAUCCCGCAGCGUCCUAGAGAAUGAAUUUAAAUCACAGAAAAUUUUGUUUGCCACACCAUUGGCAACGGGAGUGGCACGACCGCCGGUUAGCGCGAACGACAGUCUCUCACUGUCUCUGGUUGAUACUCCGAUCAAAUCAAAAGAACGUCCAUUGUCCCCCAUCGUGGAGCAAUCGCGUAUCGCGACGAUGCCUAAGCAGAAGAUGUCGCCGAAAAAGCUAGCUCCAGAUAGACGAUCAUCUCCAGAACCACCAGCGAUACAGGUAGAGCCACGAAAGGAACCAACCCCUGAGUCGAGUGAAACAGGCGAGCAUAAAUCAGGGAAGACGCUGCCUACGUUAACCAUUAAUGGGAAGGAUUAUCAAAUCAUAAAAAAGUUAGGUUCGGGCGGAUCAAGUUCGGUGUUUUCAGCCAAGCAGAUUGGAACUGGCGUUGAGUGCGCUUUGAAGUUAGUUAAUCUCGAAGGCGAUCCUAAUCUAAUUGAGGGCUAUUUGAAUGAAACCAAACUUCUGGCCAAAUUACAGGGCAAUGAAAAUGUCGUGACGCUCUACGAUUACCUUCACGCUCCCAAAUCCAAUCAACUGUUUUUAGUGAUGGAAAAAGGCGACAGCGAUCUGCACAAAAUGUUACAAACUUUCCAAAAGGAUAUGCCACUGUAUACGUUAAUGCAGAUUUGGUAUCAGAUGGUUCAAUGUGUUCAUUACAUACACGAACAUGGAGUUAUCCAUCUAGAUCUUAAGCCUGCUAACUUCCUUAUGGUCAAAGGUCGACUGAAACUAAUUGACUUUGGCAUUGCCAGCAAUAUUGCAUUUGACUCUACCAGUAUUAUGAAGUUCUCUCAAGCUGGAACCUUCAACUACAUCAGUCCAGAGGCGUUGAUUGAUACUUCAACAGAAAAUACGAGUACGGGAAAUUCACAGCCCAAAAUUCGGAUAUCGAAAAAGGCAGACAUCUGGUCACUAGGCUGCAUACUGUAUCUGUUGCUGUACAAGAAGACACCUUUCUCACACAUUAAAAACAUCUACAAUAAGGUCAAUUUCAUAACGAAUCCCAACACGGUAAUAGAGUAUCCAUCGCUGCCAAUGUACUAUCCAUCCAUGCUGCAAGAGAUGCUGCAGCGAUGUCUCAGGUACGAUCCCAAAAGCAGAGCAUCAACGGCGGAUUUGCUCGGUUACCCGUUCGAAAUGGUGAUUCCGAUCGCGAAAUGAAGUCACCGGAUAAGCUUUUAUUUUACAUAUAGUUAUUUAUUUGGAAGAUAACGUUUUCGACAGAACAAGGUAAUGUUUUUUAA